UGCCACAAAUUUAACAUAAGUAAUGGUAGUGUAAUGCAAUACUUUCAAAAAUCUAGUGUAAAGCUGGCAAUACAUGGCUUUGAUUUGCAUGUAUUUACAAUUCUUAUUUAUGCAUGUUUAUUUUCAAAAUUGUGAUGAUCUGGAUAACUGAAAUUUUAUUUGAUUAAAAUUAUUAAGAAAAGCUUUUAAUCCGUUUUGAAAUAGUCAAUAUCAUUAAAGCUAUAACAACACAGUUAAAGAACAUGUUUUAAGAGUGUUUUAAUUAAGAGUUUAAAAUUAUUUGAUUUAUUUACUCCAAUUAGUUGUACUUUCAAUAAUUUUUUUACUGUGAAGAAUCCCCUGCGUUUCUCCGUGAUAUGGGCUACUACGAAUUGUUGGAAGCUGAUUUAAAAGAAGAUUAUCACUCUGUUUGUGACUCUCCACCGGAUAGGUUUAUCCAAAAAAGGCUACAGUCAUUGUACUACUUGAACCUGUUUGAAUGCAAACAAGAGAAGACCUAAACUGAAGACGACUAUGCAGCAAAGCUGUCCACACAUAAAAAUACCAAGACAACAAAAAGAAACCCUCACCAAGGAACGCCACAACGACCUUGUCAGCAAAUACUAUCUUCCACUUGAUAGAAUGCUUACGUUUUUCGUAUUUAUCGUUAGGCAAUUAUCAUUUACCGAAUUGUCUACGGAUAUUUUUGUGUUUGCUCUGCUCCUGAUUUUUAUGUAUUUUCUUUGGUUAUUUGAUUUAGAACACUGUUUGUAAUCGCACAUUUCAUUCAAGGGUUAAUACCUGAAAUUCAAAGGCAUGCUCUACUUUCAAACCCAAAGACUAUCGAAGAAGAUUUCGUCAUGUCACAACUCACUUGUAGACAACUCGCGCACAAAAGUGGCAGCUAUGUUAUGCAAACAUAAAAGAACAGCAGAGGAGCUUCAGAAAUCCAUCGCAGACCUCUCAGCCGAAGUAUAAGUGAUGGCUACCGAGGGCCGAAAAGGAGAAAUGCUGCAUGAAACAACGUUUGGCGUGGCAGAUUACGUUGUAUGUGUUCUUGCGUUGUGUGUAUCUUUGAGCAUAGGACUCUACUAUGCAUGCACUGGGGGACGCCAAGUAACGACGGCAGAAUAUCACCUUGGAAACCGAAAUUUAAAUUUUCUACCAGUUAUGUUUUCUUUGAUGGUAACGUCACAGUCGUCCAUUUUGAUUCUUGGGGUGCCUGCAGAGACCUACCUGUAUGGUUUCCUAGCAACAUUUACCGGCGUUGGAUUCUGGUUUGCAUACUGGUUAUGUGCCAGGAUAAUAAUUCCUGUUGUUCAUCCAUUAAGAAUAACCAGUGUUAAUGAAUACUUUAAACUGAGAUACAAAAACAACACUGUACGCAUUCUUACAACCAUUCUUUCGUUUAUAUUUUGGUUUAUAUAUCUUGGCAUCGUUACAUACGGUGUUUCUACAGCAGUAGAAUCAGUUUUGGGAGUGCCAAUUUGGCUGUGUGUAGUGAUUGUGUCAGUCUGUAGUAUGAUCUACACCGCAGUUGGAGGCAUUAAGGCCGUUAUCUGGACCGAUGUUAUACAGUUCAGCAUCAUGGUAACUUCAGUACUGGCGAUACUUAUAAAGGGAUCACUGAUAGUCGGAGGCGGAUCUGAAGUAAUUCGUAUAAAUUUAGAAGGAAAGAGACUGGAUAUUUGGAAUUUUAAAUUUGACCUAACUCUUCGAUACACAAUUUGGAACAUUGUGAUUGGAAAUACUGCCAAACUCCUCUUCUUACCCCUCUCUCAAUCCUCCGUACAGAGAAUUGGGUGUAUGCCAACAUUGAAAGAUGCAUACAAAAUGUUUUAUAUUGUUGCCCCCUUAAUGGGCCUUAGUGUCUUUUUGGCGGGAGGAAUGGGUCUUGUAUCAUACGCCUAUUUUGUUAAAGUCAGAUGUGAUCCAUUGGCAUCAAAAUUAAUAAAAAAUCCUAACCAGAUAUUACCCACCUUGGUGACCGAGAUUUUUCAGAAUACACCGGGGAUGACCGGACUUUUCAUUGCGGGACUAUUCUGCGCUUCAUUGAGUACAGUGUCGAGUGGGUAUGCAGCUAUAUCUUCAAUGACUCUUCAAGAUAUCAUGAAGAUAAAAUGGCCAAAUCUUUCCGAGAAAAGAUCCACUAUUGCGUCGAAAUUGACAGUUCUGGUUAUUUCAUUUUUAUCUACGGGAAUGGCAUUACUGCUAGCUAAUAUCAAAGGAAGUUUACUUAAGCUUGCCCAUAUGGUAAUGACAAUACCUACCGCUCCAUACACAGGGAUCAUCCUCUACAGUAUCUUUUGUACAUCUGCCACAUCAGCGGGGGCGUUAGCGGGAGGCAUCGUGUCUUUAGGGUUCUAUCUGUGGAUGGCAAUCGGUAAUAUUGUUCUCAGUCCCCCUAGUGUAGAGAAAAAACUGGCGACAGCUCCACUAGACAUGUGUUUCUUGAACAGUACUCUGGUAUCCUACAAUACAACUACCGCUGCAUCUACAUCAAGCCCCAUACCUUUGGAAGGCUUCAAUCAGAUCUAUGGCAUGUCUUUCCAGUGGUUCGAUUUCAUUGCUAUAAUCCUCGUCUUUGUUGUUGGGUUGAUUACCAGCAAAAUUGUUGGUGCUCCAAGGGAAGAAGACGUCGAUGCCAGGUAUGUUCUGUGCUUUACGGAACAAUUUUUCCCAUACCUUCCAGAAAAAGUAAAAUAUGUGCUAUCUUGUCGAUCAACAAUACCAAAGAGAAGAAAGCAGAUAAAAGCCGAAGAACGCCGAUAUAAUGUGGAGAUGGAUGAAAAUGUACUGUGUGGCCCUAAUUGAGAAAGAAAAAAGGAAGAUUUGAAAGAAGACUUUUAAUUUGUCAUUCUUGUUUAAACGCUUGAAAAAUGGAAACUAAAGAGGAAACGCCUGUAAUACAGUGAUUCAUAUAUGGAUAGUUGUACGUGUAUAUGCAAAGUGAAUAGCUUCAAGUUAAUUGUAUGCUGGUAUAUGGUGACUGUCUCUCUGUAUAACAAAUGUACAACAUAUAUGCUUCUUAAAUAUACUGCUAUAAACUUUUCAACUUUCAUGAUAUAAUAACAUUUUUUAGGGAUUUUUUGCAAUUGCAAUUUUUUUGUAACCGUUACGCUUCCAUGCAAAUUAUUUUUACUUAAAUUUUUUUCUUAAUACGCAGUAAUAUGUUUGGCUUUUGUAAUUAUAUACUAGAGUUAAAAUUGUAUUUUCUAUUUGCAUUGUUUUCUGAUCUCAACUAAAACAUUAAAAUCCAGAAAGUUUAUUUUGGUUCA